AUGGUCUGUUCAUACCAGACUUACCUGGUUGAAUGCGCCCCAUCCCAUGGCAAUACCUGGCAGCAACCACCCCGUUGCUUACCCAGACGACUAUCCCAGCUGCUCGGAUACCCGGGUCUUGUAUACACAAGAGUUGACCUGACCAAGCCGCCGCGUGUCAGCGUGCCCUGUCUCACGGCAAUGGCAGCAACAACCGUUGCUUGCCCCGGUCGCCUGGAGAUAUACAGAUACAUAUCUUACCCGGGUUUUGUGUAUAAAAGAGUUACCCGACCAAACCUGCCACAUGUCAGCGCGCUCUGCCCCGCGGUGAUGGCAGCAAAUACCGUUGCCUACCCCAGUCGCCCGGAUAAUACUUAUUUAAGGCCUUUUUCUUACAUGGUCCUGUGCACAAGAGUUACCCGAUCGAACCCACCGCAUCUCAGCCUGUCUUGUUUCCAGGGUCUCUCAGUCCGGAUCACAAUCGCCCGAGUCGCCGCGGCAAAGAGGGAAACUAAAGACCGCCGAAAUCAGCGAGUCGGUGUGUGGAGACGUGAAGAUCAUGUUGAGAUUGCACGGCUCGGGGAAAGCAUCCGCUCGCUCACUCCUGACACUCGGAGAGUUGUAAAUCUCCUUACCCAGCAGCUUCCCCCCCCCCGACACCCCCUCCCCAAACCCUACCCCCUCAACCAAACAAGAAAUCCAUUUUGCAUCGACUCUGGGCAAAGCGGCGGACAGAAGCUGAAUACGGUGGGAUCUUGCUUUAAGCUCAACUCGUUCCUUCAGACUUGUGACCACCAGAAAUCGCUGGGCUUGUCCCCUGUUUUGAGCAUGGUUUUGGAAUACAGGACGGGACUUAUUUUUUACUUGUUUUGGAUACAAUAUUCUCAUGGGAUGCCUCAUGUCAUUCGUAUCGGAGGGAUCUUUGAAUUAGUGGAAGGUGGCACAGUGGGAGCGGAAGAGCUGGCCUUCAAGUUUGCUGUCAAUAACAUCAACAGGAACAGAACACUGCUUCCAAAUACCACCCUGACGUACGAUAUUCAAAGAAUAAAUAUCUACGAUAGCUUUGAAGCAUCCAGAAAAGCCUGUGAUCAGCUUUCAUUAGGAGUGGUUGCAAUAUUUGGACCUUCUCAUAGCUCUUCAUCCAAUGCUGUCCAAUCUAUCUGCAAUGCGCUGGAAGUCCCACACAUCCAAAUUCGAUGGAAACACCAUCCUAUGGACAACAGAGACUCCUUCUAUACUAACUUUUAUCCUGACUACGCCUCUCUCAGCCAUGCAAUUUUGGACCUUGUGCAGUUUCUGAAAUGGAGGACAGCAACUGUGGUUUAUGAUGAUAGCACUGGUCUCAUACGGCUGCAGGAGCUGAUAACAGCUCCCUCCAGGUACAAUAUCCGGCUAAAGAUUCGUCAACUUCCCAUUGACUCAACCGAUGCCAGGCCUCUCUUGAAGGAGAUGAAGCGAGGAAGAGAGUUCCGCAUUAUUUUUGACUGCAGCUACACAAUGGCUGCUCAGAUCCUGAAACAAGCGAUGAGUAUGGGGAUGAUGACCGAAUAUUACCACUAUAUUUUUACCACGCUGGAUCUCUUCGCCCUCGACUUAGAUUCCUAUCGCUACUGUGGGGUAAACAUGACGGGAUUCCGAAUUUUAAAUACUGAAAACCCACAUGUAGCUUCUAUCAUUGAAAAGUGGUCUAUGGAGCGACUCCAGGCAUCUCCCAGUGCAGAUUCUGGUCUACUUGAUGGAAUUAUGACGACAGAUGCUGCUCUGACAUACGAUGCAGUUCAUAUUGUAUCAAUGUCCUAUCAGCGAGCGCCUCAGAUGACUGUUAACUCUUUGCAGUGCCAUAGACACAAACCCUGGAGAUUUGGAAGCCGCUUCAUGAACUUCAUAAAAGAGGCUCAAUGGGAAGGAUUAACAGGCCGAAUCGUAUUUAACAAAAGCACUGGACUGCGGACUGAUUUCGAUUUGGAUGUUAUCAGUCUUAAGGAAGAAGGCCUGGAAAAGGUUGGGACCUGGGACACAGUCAAUGGUUUAAAUGUCACCGAGAUUUCAAGGGGAAGAGUUUCUAACAUAACAGACUCAUUGACAAAUCGGUCACUGAUUGUGACAACAAUCCUGGAGGAACCAUAUGUCAUGUUUAAGAAGUCUGACAAGCCACUCUCUGGUAAUGACCGAUUUGAAGGAUACUGCAUUGAUCUGCUGAAGGAAUUAUCCAGUAUUCUGGGCUUUGUUUAUGAUAUUCAACUGACGCAAGAUGGAAAGUACGGAACUCCAGAUGACAAGGGGCAGUGGAAUGGCAUGGUGAAGGAGCUCAUUGAUCACAAAGCUGACCUUGCUGUUGCUCCAUUGACGAUCACCUAUGCCCGUGAGAAGGUCAUUGAUUUUUCUAAACCCUUCAUGACACUGGGGAUCAGUAUUUUGUACCGAAAAUCAAAUGGAACAAACGCUGGUGUCUUCUCCUUCCUGAAUCCUCUCUCUCCAGAUAUCUGGAUGUAUAUCUUAUUGGCAUACCUCGGUGUGAGUUGUGUGCUAUUUGUCAUAGCCAGGUUCAGCCCCUAUGAAUGGUACGAUGCCCAUCCUUGUAACCCUGGAUCUGACGUUGUGGAAAACAAUUUCACCCUAUUGAAUAGCUUCUGGUUUGGAGUAGGAGCUCUCAUGCAACAAGGCUCUGAACUGAUGCCAAAAGCCCUGUCCACCAGAAUUAUCGGUGGCAUUUGGUGGUUUUUCACCCUCAUAAUUAUCUCAUCCUACACGGCGAACCUGGCUGCUUUCCUAACCGUUGAACGCAUGGAAUCCCCCAUAGAGUCAGCUGAUGACCUGGCGAAACAAACCAAAAUAGAAUACGGGGCAGUUAAAGAUGGAGCCACCAUGACUUUUUUCAAGAAAUCAAAAAUUUCCACUUUUGAGAAGAUGUGGGCUUUUAUGAGCAGCAGGCAGCAAACAGCACUCGUUAAAUCAAACGAGGAAGGAAUCCAACGAGUUCUUGGUGCUGAUUAUGCCUUCCUAAUGGAAUCUACCACCAUUGAGUAUGUCACUCAAAGGAAUUGCAACCUGACCCAGAUUGGAGCACCUAUGGAUUCGAAAGGCUAUGGUAUCGGAACACCACUUGGGUCACCAUAUAAGGAAAAGAUAACCAUUGCUGUCCUGCAACUUCAAGAGGACGGCAAGCUGCACAUGAUAAAAGAGAAAUGGUGGCGAGGCAACGGCUGCCCUGAGGAAGAUAGUAAAGAGGCCAGCGCCCUGGGGAUUCAAAACAUUGGUGGCAUCUUCAUUGUGUUAGCAGCAGGCCUAGUGCUCUCAGUGUUUGUGGCAAUAGGAGAAUUUAUUUAUAAAUUACGAAAAACUGCAGAACGUGAACAGAGAUCCUUAUGCAGCACUAUGGCCCAGGAACUUCGGUUAUCUCUCACAUGCCAGCGGCGGGUGAAACACAAGCCUCAGGCGCCAGUCAUGGUGAAGACAGAGGCGGUGAUCAACAUGCACACGUUCAAUGACCGACGACUGCCCGGGAAGGACAAUAUGACCUGCAACACCGGGCUGACUCCAGUAUUUCCCUAGGAGUCAUGCAGCCUGUGCUGGGAGCAGAAGAGGCGCACUGGAAAAGGUGAGAGGCUGGAGCUUUGUUUCAGAGACAGGGCCUGUUGGAUGUCAGAGGUGUUUCGAUAAGAGCAAAAAGCCUGAGCAUGGACAAUGGAAUAUGCAACGCAUGGAAAAAAAAACACCACAACAAAAACACAGCACAAGGCUGCAGGUAGUGUUUCUGAAACUUAAGCCUGGACACAUGUGGACAUCAGUCUCCAAACUCUAAAUGCGUGGGAAAUUUCAGUGCUGAUAGAUUUGAAGAAAUGGAUCUGGGCAGUGGGCAGCAAGACCAAGACAAUAGAGGAAAGGAAGUAGCAACAAUGCAAUUACACCUUGGUGGGAAACUCCAGCAUGGCAAUAACAGCAUUCAUUCUGUCAGCUACAGCGAUUGACUCAGACAGGAGGCAUCUACGGAUAUUGAUUUCAAAGGAACUGCACACAGUGCGUUCAUUCAAGGGUGCAGUUGACCAUUUAACUCACAGCAUGAAAAGUUGCUGUCACAUCUCGGCAGCUGUUACUCCUUUAUCUUUUACCUCAGCGCUAUGCUUCCUUUCUGCCAUUGGGAGAGACUAACAGACAGAGCUGGAAGUGAACGGUGCCUCCAGAGAACUAUGAGAGUGAGGGUGCGGGGGGAGGGGGGGGGAAGAGGGAAACAAAAAUCAAACAGUGGAAAGGACUAAACAGACAUCAAGAUGAUGAGCAGAGUAUUCAAAAUGUAGUUGUUUUCAUAUUUUGUGUCCAGUUUUUUAUCUAAUUGUUUAAUUUGUGCUUGAUUAACAGAAAGAAAAAUGGUAGUCUUUUUAUGAAAUGAUGGUUUUGAAGGGAUUUUACCAUGUGAACAAAAUUUUAAUUCAGUAAAAAUUACCAAAGAACUAUCUGCUAACUAGAGGUAAUCUGUGGAGUAUGUGUAUUUUUUAAUCCUUUGAGUUUGUUUAUAUAUAACCUGCAUUUUUUAAGUUGUGACUAAAUAACAGUUUCCAGUCCAUUGCAAGGUACAAUAUCUCCCUGCCUCUCAUUGAUGGCUGGUUUGGAAGUUGAUGCUGGACUCCUUAAGACAGGGGGAUGCCAGUAACCACUAAAAGAAGCACCUGUUUCACCUGAUGCCAGAUUGACUCAUUGCAAAGCAGAUUUUGACAUGGCUGCAUUCUAGUAUCCUCCUGCUGCCCAGAUCUGAAAGCUCGCGUAAAAGUCUAGGCAACUAUGAGUUUCAUUUAGCAAAACUUUAAGUUGAUCUGUUUGAUAUUUCACUGGAUCCUUCAUUCUCAAUUUCUAUUGCAAAUGUUAAAACAGCUUGUGUUGUAACACUAUUUUGGGGUUAUUGUAAAUGUCGGCAUUUGCAGAAUUUUUUUGUCCUUAGAUACCCAGAACAAGCAUUCACUAAAAUUAUUCUUCUUGAUAAUAUGAGGAGAAGAGAAGAAAAUUGGCAGGGUAAAAAUGAGAGUGAGUUAAAGAUGAAGGAGGGAAAGUGAUAUAUGCAGAGAUACAUUUUUUGCGAUCAUUCUAAUCCUUCAUCUUUUGAGAUAAGUUCAGCAAAUUGCCAUGAGGGUUGACAUUAUCAUUAAAAUUCUAAUCCCUUAACCCCUGCCCUGAUCCAUUAUUAAUGAUUUUGAUCAGUAAUGAUCUCACAUACUUGAAUAAAUUGUGUAUAAUUUUCUUAAAUGUUAUUGUAAUAUUUGUUGAUGCAGUUCUCUGUUAUUUUACGUGUCAUAGAACUGGUAGAGUGUAUAUUUCCCAUUCAGCAGACUCACCUUUUUAUACUUUAGUGGACUCAGGAAUUCUUGCACAUUAUAAAUUGGCAAUUUUAUCAAGAGAGGCCAAUCAAUAAGAUAUUAUUUAAAAUUGCAUCGCUCCUAAUGGGGAAACAGUGAUCUAUGUGGACUUGAAUGGUAUGUAUUAAGGCCUGACUUAGGAGAUUUCAUCUGGAGUGAAUGUAGAGAAAUACAAUUGAAUUCCCUCUCAAUACCACUCCCUGCAUAUUGAGCUAAAUUUCUUUGAAUUUUCAGAAUAUUCAAACCUGGAUUCCCAUGCCUAGUCAACCGCUAAUGAUGCUAGACAAUGCCACAUAUAUGAGUGUUGCAGCAGGCUUUUCUACAAAGCCUGUGUUCAGUGAACCACAGACAUUCACUGCCCAGCUUAUACAUGAGGUCUUGUCAUUUAGUUAUAGUAAAAGGGUGUGAUCAGCCUUUAUUGAUCCAGAGCAAUCAAAUUGAGGACGAUGGAAAAAAAUUGAGUAGUAAAGUGGGGGGAAGAAAAUAACCACCUUUCACCAACUCAUUGUUUCAGAUUUUAACAUGUAACAUAAAUGCACUCAUUGAAAUUUUGUAUGCAGUGGUUGCUGAUUUUUUCCAAUGCAGAUGCCAAUCAUUUCUCUUUCCAUACAAAAAGAUGUUUCUUGAUUUUAAGUACAUGCAGGAGAGCUUUUUUUUUAUUUCUGUUUUCACUUCACAAGAUGUUGUUUUACUUUGCUGAAUUUUCAAACAAUCUGAAAAUCAAACAAUUAUUGGUGUCCAGACCAUUACCAGGCUGAAUGGUGGUUGAGGCCAUUAAUCUUGAAGAAUGCUGUUUCAUUCUCUAGCAGUACAGUGCAUGUCAGUUUUCAAUAAGAGCUUAAAGGUUCUUCAAGUUGUUGUGUCAUACAACUCUUACAUGUACUUUGUAAUGGUUUUUGUGAUUGAUCACUGCUUAUGAAAGCUCUCCAUCCUGCAUCCAACAUGUCUUCUCAUGCAGAAAUACACAUGCACUUGUAUAUACAGUGACAACUUAUGUUUAAUUACAGUUUCAGGUCACAUAAUUAUUGUCAGUAUCCGUGGCAGUUUUCUCAAAGAUGAAUGAUCUUUAAAAGCAAAAUAAACCCUCUUUUCCCAUUUUUGAUUUUCUUUAUCCUCAUUUUUGUUGCAAACUGUACUUAAUGUGUAAUCAAGUCAGCUGUGACUCACUGGAGUGAAACAAAGGUUUUUGUCCUACUUACAGCAGUUUGAUACAAAAGCUGCAUUCAGAUAAAGUCCUUGACAGGUCUACACAGUGCUUUAGACUCAUAAUAAAGUGUUUUUUUUAAUCUAGCUGGCAGUCAACUGAAAUAAGAUUCCAGUAUCUGUAUCAUAUUGAGGCAUGUAAGGUCAUAUGCAGUGUUGAUGAUGAAACAAAGCAACCAAAUGGUAUUAUUGAGAGAGCAUAAGGCAAAAUUUACAUUCUCAAAUCUCUUUGAUGUUUGCAUUGCUUUCCAACCCAUUCACUCCUGACUCAUGUGUUUCUCAAUCUCUGUAAACUGUCCCGUAUCUGUCUUGAACACAGGUUUGCUUUAAGGGAAAACUCUCUCGGUGUUAUUUGAGGUAAAACAUCAAGAAUUGUUUUUACUUGUAUUUUUCUAUAAGCAUGUCACCCAGACAUUUAUAAUCUAGGCUGUUCCUUCAUUACCAUCUUCAUUAGAGGCAAUUGGACUGAAACCACUCGCUGAACCACAUACCUUUUUGACAUAGUAUGUUUGAUACUGAAAGCAGAAGUCAACUUCAACAGGGAGAGGCUUUUGUGGUUCACUAUUAUGAAGCUUGUCAUUAUAAGAUACAUGAUGACAUUUUCCUCAGUGUUAGAAUCAGUUAGUUAAAAGAGUGCAUUGUAAAUGCAUUUACAAACAUUAAGUAUUAACUGAGUGAAGCAUCAACAGAAAUCUUGAAAGAAAACUGGAAUGAUUGUCAGAACUGGGCUCAUGAUGAAAGUAUUUGUGCCAUCUCACCACACUUGCUUAAGUGCUUGCAAUAAAUAUAAUUCAAUUUUCAAAUAAUAAAUGUUGCCAAUAACUGGUGUUUUAGCUAGAUUAAUAUUUCACACCCAUUGGCAGGCUAAUAAAACUUUUACGAGCAAUUAUUUUACUUUAUUUUCAGAUUUAGGCUGGGAUUUUGGCUAAUUUACCAACCACUUUACCUUAAGAAGAAGAUUCACACAAUAAAAUUGUUAAAAACUACAUAAGACUGUAGUUCACUGUGAAUGUAAUAAUUCAGUAGUGGCAAAGGUGCUGUGCAUGGUGAUACAUUU